UUUCUUAAUCAUAUUUCAUUCUCUAUUUGGAGACUUUGCACGUAAAUUUAGCAAUCAAAAAACGAAAAAAAAAAACGAAAAAAUAAAAACCUUUAUUAUGGGUCGUCGUGCGAAUAGCAAGAAGUCCUCGAAACGCAAUCGAGAACGUACAAAAUCUAAGGAGAAGCGCAGUCGCUCUCGUUCCCGUUCCCGUUCCCGUUCCCGUUUAUCCAGGUCUCGUUCUCGUUCCCGUUCACGUUCACGUUCACCACGUUAUCCACGUUUGCCUCGUUCGCCGAAAAAUCGCCCAAGACGCUCCUUAACUGCAGCCAAAUCGCUGGUGGGUAAAAAGCAGCGAGCUCCAUCCUCAUGGGACAAGGCACCGCUGGGCUAUGAGCACUUAACGCCCGUUCAAUACAAGGCCAUGCAGGCAAGUGGACAGAUUGCAUCGAGGAUUGUUCCGGAUAUAUUGCCAGAAGCAGAAUCGCCAGCUUUGGCCAUGGUAACGCGUCAAGCUCGUCGUUUGUAUGUGGGCAAUAUACCAUUUGGUGUCACCGACAAGGAGAUGAUGAAUUUUUUCAACGUCCAGCUUCAGUCCUUGGGCUUGAAGCAGUUUCAUGAUGGCACUCCAGUUUUAACGUGCCAAACCAAUUUGGAGAAGAAUUUCGCAUUUCUGGAGUUUCGUUCCAUGGGUGAGACCACUCAAGCCAUUGCCUUCGAUGGUGUGAAUUUCCGUGGACAAACUUUGAAGAUACGGCGUCCACAUGAUUAUCAUCCAGUGACCAGUCUUUCAUCAUUGGAGACUGUUGGCUUGUCGGACACUAUAGUGACAUCGGCUCACACUCCGGUCCCGAUGAAAGAUUUGGUGUCCACUUUGGUGCCAGACUCACCGCAGAAAAUCUACAUUGGUAGUCUGCCCCCAUGUCUGGACGAGGCUCAGAUCAAGGAAUUGCUGCUCUCUUUUGGACGUUUGCGUGGCUUCAAUUUGGUCAAGGAUGCAAACACGGGCAUGAGCAAGGGCUAUGCCUUCUUCGAGUAUGUGGAUUCGGCAGUGACAGAGCAGGCCAUUGCUGGACUCAAUGGCAUGUUGUUGGGUGACCGCAGACUCGUCGUACAACGUUCCAUAGCAGGUGGUCGCAAUGCAAGCAACCAUUCUCCGGCUUCAGUUCUGCAAGUUCCUGGCUUUCCUUCUGUCUUCAGUACGGGUGCUGCAACGGAGAUUCUUUGCCUCUUGAAUAUGGUUCAACCGGAGGAUCUACUGGACGACGAGGAAUACGAAGACAUCUGUGUGGACAUUAAGCAAGAGUGUGACAAGCAUGGAAAGGUGAAGGGUCUCAAGAUUCCACGUCCCCUUGUGGGCAAAACACCAAGAGCUGGUUGCGGCAAGGUUUUCGUUCGAUUCGAGUCCAUGGAGGAUUGCCAGAAGGCUUUGAACGCUUUGAGUGGUCGCAAAUUCAAUGGACGCAUUGUGGUGACAUCGUUCUUUAAUCUUGAUAAAUAUGAAAAGAACGAGUUUUAAUAAACCGAUGUGAACUCAA